CUACAGUAGGGUUAGUGGGCUCCAAGUCUCUGGUGCCCGAGCCUCCUCCGCGGCUUCCCGUCCCCUCUGCCCGCUGGAGUGUGUGCACGAGUGGGAGCGCUGGGCUGUGCGCGCACGGCUCUCUGCCUCCCUCUCGCCCCGCCACGGCGCUUCCUCCCACUCUGCCUUCUCCCGCUCACUGUGCCCCUGCCCGGACUCGCACCUCGCCUGUGCCCUUCACUCGCUCUUCCGCGUGAUUUCCCCGCCGCCUUUCUCUACCAACUGGGAAUGCUAAAACGGGACUGAUGGACGUGUCAGAACUCUGCAUCCCGGACCCCCUCGGCUACCACAACCAGCUGCUGAACAGAAUGUCCGCGGACGACCGGCACCUGGGCUCCAGCUGCGGCUCCUUCAUCAAGACAGAGCCGUCCAGCCCGUCCUCGGGCAUCGACGCCCUCAGCCACCACAGCCCCAGCGGCUCGUCCGACGCCAGCGGGGGCUUCGGCCUGGCCCUGGGCGCCCACGCCAACGGUCUGGACUCGCCGCCCAUGUUCGCAGGCGCCGGGCUGGGCGGCACCCCGUGCCGCAAGAGCUACGAGGACUGUGCCAGCGGCCUCAUGGAGGACUCGGCCAUCAAGUGCGAGUACAUGCUCAACGCCAUCCCCAAGCGCCUGUGCCUCGUGUGCGGGGACAUUGCCUCCGGCUACCACUACGGCGUGGCCUCCUGCGAGGCCUGCAAGGCCUUCUUCAAGAGGACCAUCCAAGGAAACAUCGAGUACAGCUGCCCGGCCACCAAUGAGUGUGAGAUCACGAAACGGAGGCGCAAGUCCUGCCAGGCCUGCCGCUUCAUGAAAUGCCUCAAAGUGGGGAUGCUGAAGGAAGGUGUGCGCCUUGACCGAGUGCGUGGAGGCCGCCAGAAAUACAAGCGACGGCUGGACUCUGAGAGCAGCCCAUACCUGAGCUUACAGAUUUCUCCACCCGCUAAAAAGCCAUUGACCAAGAUUGUCUCCUACCUGCUGGUGGCCGAGCCGGACAAGCUCUAUGCCAUGCCUCCCCCUGGCAUGCCGGAGGGCGACAUCAAGGCCCUGACCACUCUCUGUGACCUGGCAGACAGGGAGCUCGUGGUCAUCAUUGGCUGGGCCAAGCACAUCCCAGGCUUCUCGAACCUCUCUCUCGGGGACCAGAUGAGCCUGCUGCAGAGCGCCUGGAUGGAGAUCCUCAUCCUGGGCAUCGUGUACCGCUCGCUGCCCUACGAGGACAAGCUGGUGUAUGCUGAGGACUACAUCAUGGACGAGGAACACUCCCGCCUCGCGGGGCUGCUGGAGCUCUACCGGGCCAUCCUGCAGCUGGUGCGCAGGUACAAGAAGCUCAAGGUGGAGAAGGAGGAGUUUGUGACACUCAAGGCCCUGGCUCUGGCCAACUCAGAUUCCAUGUACAUCGAGGAUCUGGAGGCAGUGCAGAAGCUCCAGGACCUGCUGCACGAGGCUCUGCAGGACUACGAGCUGAGCCAGCGCCACGAGGAGCCGCGGAGGACGGGCAAGCUGCUGCUGACGCUGCCCCUGCUGCGGCAGACGGCUGCCAAGGCCGUGCAGCACUUCUACAGCAUCAAACUGCAGGGCAAGGUGCCCAUGCACAAACUCUUCCUGGAGAUGCUGGAGGCCAAGGUCUGAUGGCCCGGCACAUGGACCGACUCCCACCCGCGGACAGACCGACCGACCCGACGCGGAGACCUCCACAGCCACCAGCCUCGACCUUCAAGCCCUGUAUCAUGGCCACGAGCAGUCCCCGAGGAAGGGGCUUCUCGCCUCCCGGCUGCGUGCAGAGUCCUGGGUGCAGCGGGGCCGGGGAACAGGGAUGGGAGGGCAGGGCGUGGGCUCACCUGUGACUGGCUUUUUCUCUGGUAUGUUUUUCCUUCUCCACGGGCAGUGCUGACGCCCGGGCCAGGGCUGACUCCCUUGAGACUAGAGACCGUGGAGGAAGCCCCGCCUUUCCCACCAAACCACCAAGAGACAGCAGCGUAUUUCCUACCCCCCCCACCCCCCCUCCCCACCUCGUGGACUGGGCGGCCGGUGCUCAGUGCCUAGGACGCCCCCGGCCCAGGCUAGGCGCCACCUGGAAGUUUUCCCUCCCCAGACGGCAGGUGCUUUCUUCCAGAGGCUCCGCCUACUCUGAGGUUCUCUGGGGCCCCUCAGGAGGCUGCGUACCUUCCCUGGUCCAGACCCAGACGGCUCCCACCCUCCGUCCUUCCUCUCAGUUUGGCACACUCCGCUCCCGUUAGGGACUCGCCGUGGAGGGAGCAACUGGCAGAGCUCGUGCGUUUUCCCGGGCACACGCCCUUGUGUGCUCCCACUUGCCUGUCCCCGCUGUGCUGGGGCCCACCUGCCCUCCUCCCCUCCUGUCCCGGGAAAUCCCUGCUACUUCCUGCCCCUACCUCAGAGCUCACUCAGUGGGUUCAGCCAGCCAAGGUGACUUCCGGGUCCACAGCUGGGAACCGCACUGGCUCAGAAAAGAGCAGGGCCCAGGCGAUACUCCCCAGAGCUCCUGCUUCUUGCCUGCUUCUCACCUCCCGCCCUUUCAGCCUUCAGGGCAGAUCUGGAGCAGGUGGGCCUGUGGCAAGGCAGGGAGUGUAGGGACCUGGCCCCAUCUGAGGGCACCCUGGGCACUGAUUUCAGGCUGGCGGUCCUGGGAGGAUUGGGGCAAGAUGGGGGAGGCUCGAACCAAUCUUUGCUGAACACAGAAAGGCCUAGAAGUAAGCAGGCAGGGGAUCCCUAAAGACAGGGAGCUCAGGGGAGGUUGCCAGCCUGCCUGCUACGUCCUGGCUUCUGGGGACAGUGGACACCAGGACUCCCCGUUCCCUGCAUUCCAAAGGGUUGGGCGAAUCAGUGCCACAGGAGGGGUGCUCCUGUCACCCUGGACUAAGGUGCGACGUAGGUCCCUGGGGACACUGAGAAGGCCCAGCUCUCUGGCGGGAGCCCCCGGUCUUCCUGGCUGCU